GCCAGCCGCUUUUCCUACAGGCGGCAGUGGAGACUCGAUCGAGAUGUUUAGUGGCUUCACGCAUGAGAGGAUGUGACAGAUGGAAGCCUGCGAUUAACCUAGAAGAUGGGCAGGACAAGCAGACAGCUGCGCGGGUGGAAGGCUUGUUCUCCCUGCCUUGCUGAAACUGCUUUGUCAUUGCCAGUGUGUUGCUUUGAAAUUGAUUCUAAUAUGUUGGAGAGAAGUCCUGGCUCUCGGUGGAGUGGACUGUCGCCACCAUGGGGGAGCUCUUCCGCAGCGAGGAGAUGACGCUGGCGCAGCUCUUCCUACAGUCCGAGGCGGCUUACUGCUGCGUCAGUGAGUUAGGGGAGCUCGGCAAGGUGCAGUUUCGUGAUUUGAACCCGGAUGUGAAUGUUUUCCAGCGAAAAUUUGUGAAUGAAGUGAGAAGAUGUGAAGAAAUGGAUCGGAAGCUCCGAUUUGUUGAGAAAGAAAUCAGAAAAGCUAACAUCCCAAUCAUGGACACAGGCGAAAACCCCGAGGUGCCCUUCCCAAGGGACAUGAUUGACUUGGAGGCCAAUUUUGAGAAGAUUGAAAAUGAGCUGAAAGAAAUCAACACGAACCAGGAAGCGCUGAAGAGAAACUUCCUGGAACUAACUGAAUUAAAAUUUAUACUUCGAAAAACUCAGCAGUUUUUUGAUGAGGCUGAAUUGCAUCAUCAGCAGAUGGCGGAUCCAGACCUGUUGGAAGAAUCCUCAUCCCUCCUGGAGCCGAGUGAGAUGGGAAGAGGCACACCGUUGAGACUGGGCUUCGUGGCUGGUGUCAUUAACCGUGAGCGCAUCCCGACUUUCGAGCGCAUGCUCUGGCGGGUGUGCCGGGGCAACGUGUUCCUGCGACAGGCCGAGAUCGAGAGUCCCCUGGAGGAUCCCGUGACUGGUGACUACGUGCACAAGUCCGUGUUUAUCAUUUUCUUCCAAGGCGAUCAGUUGAAAAACAGAGUCAAGAAAAUCUGCGAAGGGUUCCGAGCCUCACUCUAUCCCUGCCCAGAGACCCCACAGGAGAGGAAGGAGAUGGCUUCCGGAGUGAACACCAGGAUUGAUGAUCUCCAAAUGGUUCUGAAUCAAACGGAGGAUCACCGCCAGCGGGUUCUGCAGGCAGCGGCUAAGAACAUCCGGGUCUGGUUCAUCAAGGUGCGGAAGAUGAAAGCCAUCUACCACACACUGAACCUGUGCAACAUAGAUGUGACCCAGAAGUGCCUGAUUGCGGAAGUGUGGUGUCCCGUCACUGACCUCGACUCCAUCCAGUUUGCACUCAGAAGAGGCACGGAACACAGUGGCUCCACCGUGCCCUCCAUUCUGAACCGGAUGCAGACAAACCAGACUCCCCCAACCUAUAACAAAACCAACAAGUUCACAUGCGGCUUUCAGAACCUGGUCGAUGCUUACGGAAUUGGAACUUACCGAGAGAUAAAUCCAGCUCCCUAUACCAUCAUCACAUUCCCCUUCCUGUUUGCUGUGAUGUUUGGAGACUUCGGCCAUGGCAUCUUGAUGACUCUUUUUGCGGUGUGGAUGGUGUUGAGGGAGAGCCGGAUCCUCUCCCAGAAGAAUGAGAACGAGAUGUUCAGCACUGUGUUCAGUGGCCGCUACAUUAUUCUGUUGAUGGGCGUGUUCUCUAUCUACACUGGCCUCAUCUACAAUGAUUGCUUUUCCAAGUCUCUGAACAUCUUUGGGUCAUCCUGGAGUGUACGACCAAUGUUCACUAUAUAUAAUUGGACGGAGGACACGCUUCGGGGAAAUCCUGUACUCCAGCUGAACCCGUCUGUCCCUGGUGUUUUCGGUGGACCGUACCCUUUCGGCAUUGAUCCGAUCUGGAACAUUGCUACCAAUAAGCUGACCUUCCUCAACUCCUUCAAGAUGAAGAUGUCCGUGGUCCUCGGCAUCAUCCACAUGCUGUUUGGCGUCAGCCUGAGCCUCUUCAACCACAUCUACUUCAAGAAAUCCCUGAAUAUCUACUUCGGCUUUAUUCCUGAAAUAAUCUUCAUGACCUCGCUAUUUGGCUACCUGGUCAUCCUCAUCUUCUAUAAGUGGACAGCCUACGACGCACACACAUCUGAGCACGCGCCGAGCCUUCUGAUCCAUUUCAUUAACAUGUUCCUCUUUUCUUACCCGGACUCUGGUGCUUCGAUGCUGUAUUCUGGACAGAAAGGAAUUCAGUGUUUCCUGGUGGUGGUUGCACUGCUGUGUGUCCCUUGGAUGCUGCUGUUUAAGCCCCUGGUCCUUCGCCAUCAGUAUCUGAGGAGGAAGCAUUUGGGAACUCUCAACUUUGGUGGGAUCAGGGUGGGCAAUGGACCCACAGAGGAGGAUGCUGAGAUUAUUCAGCAUGACCAGCUCUCCACCCACUCAGAGGACGCGGAAGAGUUUGACUUUGGGGACACCAUGGUGUACCAGGCCAUCCACACUAUUGAGUACUGCCUGGGCUGCAUCUCCAACACUGCCUCCUAUCUGCGACUCUGGGCCCUCAGUCUGGCGCAUGCACAGCUGUCCGAGGUGCUGUGGACCAUGGUGAUUCACCUGGGCCUGAGCGUGAAGAGCCUGGCAGGAGGCCUGGCACUGUUCUUCAUCUUCACUGCCUUCGCCACCCUGACUGUGGCCAUCCUGCUGAUCAUGGAGGGCCUCUCGGCCUUCCUGCACGCCCUGCGGCUGCACUGGGUUGAGUUCCAGAACAAGUUCUACACUGGAUCUGGGUUCAAGUUCCUACCCUUCUCCUUUGAGCACAUUCGGGAGGGGAAGUUUGAUGAGUGAGCCGCUGAUGUGACCCAGCCCCCUCCUGCCCUGCGUGGUGAUUGGUUAUGUUCCUUCUGCCUGUUGGUUGUGAUCCCAGGUACCAGGCCCUGUGUUGCCCCUGGCACCUGGCUCCCCCUGCCCAGCUUGCUGUGUGUCAUGAUCCCAGCUGCUGUCCUGGCUUUCAGGGCUGCCCUCCUCCACGGGACCCUUGACCCCCUGCUGCUGUUGCCAGAUGGCUGGACUGGUGUACAACAGGUUCUCUGUGCUGUUUUCCUCUAGUCAGGGGGAUCCAGAAAGGGGUGUCCCCUCCAGUGCUUGUCAAUCAGGAAUUCAGCUGGAGCCACCUGGGCCAUUACUAGGGACUCCUCCCCAAGGUGCCCUAGACACCCAGCAGCACCCUCCUAGCCCCGCCCUGCAGUGCCCCUCAACCCUCCCUGAUUGUUCCCAGCACAGUGUAGCACAACUGGGAAUGCAGACAGCCCCUGAAGGGUUCAGCAGACAUGGGCCUCCCUCAGGCCCCGCCCACAAGCAUGCCCUCAGGAUAAAGAUGGACACUUUCUCCUGAGGGGGAUCCCCAGACCUUGGCCACCCAGAUCAUGAAGUCUUGAGUGUGAAACUGUGGCCCAGGCCACUGCUGUCUACCAGCCUGCCUGGCUCCAGCUCCUUCCCCCACAGCACCCUCUUCCCUUCCCCACCAACUACCUCCGCCCCCUAGGCCCGUGGGAGGUACUAGCAAGUCUGCCAGUCCUUCUGAGAGCUGUCUGACCCUGCCAGGUGCCCGCGUUGCCAGUCCUGCACCUGCACAGAGCUGUAUAUCCCCAGGCCUUCUGAUUAUGUGCUGGCCCAGCCGAACUCCUCCCCACCACCCUCUGUGGUCCAGAUAACGCUACCCAUGGCCACUUCCUACCCUGUAAUUCCGGGGGGGGGGCCGGCCACUUGGAGCUGCUCCCUCAACUUGCAGGCAGGGCAGUCCUGGGCUUGGCCACCGGCCCCAGCUUCACCCCACGCUGACCAUUGUGACUUGAUCUAGACCAUGUGUGCAGCUCUCCCCACUCCUCCCCUUCCCACCCCUGUUCACCUGCUUGGUUCACCGAGGGGUUGGAAGUUCUGUGAGGGGCCCCUGUGUCAAACAUUCCCACACUGAAUAAAGUGUAUCUGACUU